UGGGAAAGGAGAACAGAAUCUUGUCUGUCAAGAAUCAAGAAAUUCGAAAUUGUGAUGAGGGUUGCCAAGUUUGUCUGAGCAAACUGAUAGAUUACUACGCGAAGACCAACGAACACACUCGACGAAAGCAAACCAGCAAACUCACGSUUAGGUCACCAUGGAUUCAGUCAAUUCGGAUAGUAUAGAACUCGCCUCUGGCCUAGCCGACGAAUCAAAUGCAAAUGCAAAUGCAACCGUAGAAGAAUUAUUCAACGCAUCAGAGAUACCGUCAUUCAGCCCAUCCUUCAGUCCAACAGUGAAUGAGACAUCGCAUAAUGCAUCGGCAGCAACGGUCACCAGUCUUGCAAGCAUGGUGGGGUGGCCUUUCCUUGCUGGGUGCGGAGUUUUGAUUCUCUCCCUCUUGUUUUUCGGGUUGUYUGUUCACAUGGGAUGGAUCGAGGAUCUCGCGCCUCGGAUUGCCAACCGCCCCAGAAAUGUUAUCAAGAGCGCAUUGCUGCGAACGCUUCCAAGYCACACGAAUGCCAACGGGGAAAAAGGUGGAUUGUUCUGGUACUACCCAAUGGCCUGGAUCACAUGGGCGUUCRACACCACCUACAAGGACUGCCUGACCGGAAUUCCAGGCACCGGAACCCGUCGUGAUGGCCUAGAUGGCCCCCUUCUCAAAACCAACCUUGACGCCGUGGUCCUUAUGAGGUUCCAUACCCUAAUGUUCAAGGUGGCACUGCUGGUGGCGAUUAUCUGUACGGUCGUCAUCCUUCCGAUUAAUCUUACCGCUGGGUGUGACAAGGCCGUUUUUGGAGAAGGAACGUGCGCGCAAUACAACAAGAGCGUCAGCACGAACUACCUCAAAACGACGAUUGCYAGCAUCCCGCCCAAAUUGGUGCGUUGCARCAACAAUCGAAUUGUCAACAGUGCUCGCAAGAUGUUAAUGAAUAUGGUUUUUGACGAUUUUAUGGCAUUGUGUUGGCACAGAGUGGGUGCUUCGUUUGGCUACSUUUGUUUUCGAUAUGUUUGGCACAAUAGAAUCUGCUCACACUCUUUCUUUGACAUUUCUACAACAAUAGUACAACAACGACCCGACAGUUACCCAAACGGUAACAUUUCAGACCAGUCAACUGGUGCCCAUCGAUUUGUCCCGUUUUGUGGAUGAUGAUUCCAAUGACGAUUCCGUCAACACUUCCAAUGUCGAGGGAAACAGUGYUAAUCAAAUCCAAGGUUUGAUUCCUAGCCAAGACUUCAGAAUUUGGGCCAUAUUGGCAUCAUGCCUGAUCAUCUAUAUUUAUACAUUCUGGUUGUUGGUACAUGAAUGGCGGUCGAUUGUGGUGUUGCGUCGAGAAUACUUUCUAGAAACGACCCACUAUUCUCAGCGAAUGGCUGAACUCGACAAACAGAUCGAUCAGCAGCAGCAGCAGCAGCAAAAACAAAAACAAAGACAUCCCGGYCGCACUGCUGCAACUCGAAUUGGUAUUGCGGAAACCAACGACCCCAAUCAUACGGGUAACCACGCAACCCGAAAUUGUACGGACCACGUGGGCACGGACACCGAGCAACUCCCUCCGCCAUACCUCACCCACCCGGAAAUCCGUGAGACCCCACCAAGCAUAGGCGUCUACAGCGUCAUGUAUCAGCUUCCCGAAUCGAUGGUGACCUACGACACGGAUGAGGCCACCGAGAUCGAGAGGCAGCUGGUAGCCACRACCAACUUUUUCGACGAGAUCAUCCCUCCACAGGACGGUUUUUCGUCGUCGGUCGCCGCCGUCACCAUCCUUCCGGACGCCAGGCUCGUCGCAAAAGCCUGGACUAGUUGGAUGGCAUGCGAGCUGAAGAUUCAAGACCUUCGUUUGGUACGGCGGAAAAUCACGGCGCUGGAAGACGAAAAGGCUGGAAAYCUUGAGAACGAUUUUCCGCAGCAGAAAGAGCCAUUCGAACCCGAACCCGAUAAACAUGACGAGGAGUCGAGCCAAGGRGAUCAAGAUAUCUUCCCAGACUCAGCUACAGUUGCCAGCGAAUCCAAAGAUGGCCGCUUUCGAUACAAGGACUUCAAUAUACAGGAAUACGCGAGGUCUCUUGGAUUUGGCGAGGAAGUCGACAGCGGGCUGAGCUUAGUCGACGGAAUGGGUAUCGAGGAAUUCAACAUAUUUGCCUACGAGUGUGCUCUCUUGGCGGGCCGUCCCAACCUUAAGAAACAGAUCUGGCAGCAUUAUGACCUUGAUGAGCUCCGGGAGGAGGAGAAGACCUUGACCGAGGGACUAAAGGAGGCGCAGGAGGAACUGAUCRAAGCCCGGGAUAAGGUGRCCAAGAAGGCGAGCUGCAAGAAUCUAUUGACCGAAAAUCGCGACGAAAAUGUGCUACCCAGCACCCUGGAAGGCGAUACGGAAGCCCUAGACUACUCCMACGCCGAGCAUCAACAAAAAGAAUCCUCGUUUGGAAUCCGCCAGAGGCGAUCCAAUGCGACUACGUCUGUGCCAUUCAACAAAAACAGCAACAAUGACGACAGGAACGGGACUGGUCGACCGUUGGAAUUGGUCGACCACUCUAAUGCUGUUCUUAACCCACAAUCUCACGAGGAAAGGCAGAAGCGUUUCUCGAAGGUGAAGCGUCUCUGGCACCGCAUUUUUCGUGGUGAGGACUACGGCCAUGUUGAGCGCGAGCGGAAAAAGCAUUAUGGGGAACAUUGCGAACAAGGAAAAGCGUUUGUGACCAUUCUCCGCAAACCGGUGUACGCUGUGGUGACCUUUACGAACCGCCAAUCCGCUGUGAUUGCCMGGCAGUGCCUUGCUGAUGGCGGUGGAGGGAGGAACGUCUGGAAGCAGGUCGAUGACAUCCCAAUCUACCCCCUCGCCGACGCCCCGCCCAUGAUGUUUUUUCCCCGGGGGUUUAUGUAAGUAAUAUUCGUCAGUUCCCUUGUUUCUUUCGAUUUCUAUCUUGUGAAAUACUUUGUAUCCAUUUUAUUGUCUUGAUUCCUUUUUUCUUCAGUGUUGUUUUUGUGUASUUUCGAUGCGAUGCACUUCCUCGUUAGUUUGGAUGAUUGAUUCAAUAGAAAGCAUGAUGUGAGUCAGUACUAAGCCUAACCGAUUGACUUGUUUUUCAUUGUUUCAACCUUUUAAAUGACUCAAGGCGUCCYGUGACCCCCAAUAUAACGGUACGUCGGAUUCGAAUAGUUUCAUGGAACCGUUCGGUUUUAAUUUCAUGUGCUAUAUAUUGUACAAGUACAAGUAAUGGUUUUGUGUCAUUUUAUUUUGCGACUCUUUUGGUCUUGACUAAUGUGACUAUUGAAUAUCAUUUGCUUUCAAUCCACAGUACACGUCAAAGAAAAUCCGACUCUGGGCGUAAGAAAAGACUAACRUGUAUUGCGUUCUCUUCAAAUCAUGCACUCUUGCUCUCAUAUCUCCUUUUCAAUUUUUCGACACUUUUUCUUUGAAUUAUUGGUGCAAAAUUUCUCUAAUCCACCGUCAUUGCUACAGAAUUUCUGUUUUUAUAGUAAGUUUUACGGUCGCGAACGUCUAUUUUGUGAACCAGAUCAACCGUAUCCUUUUGAAGCCGCAGUAUUUAGAGGCUUUGGGAAUACCGAGCGAUAAGGCAGUGUCGUGGUCGACCACUAUAUCCGGCGCCACACAAACAUUGUUAUUUAGUGUUUCUCCAGUCAUCUUCAAGUUGCUAGCCAAUUGCGAUGGGCAAUCCGCGAGCAUGGAAAAGGCUGAACAAAAAUCCAUUACAUACUUUUGGUAUUUUUAUGUUGUGGCGCGGUUCAUGGGGCAGAUCAUAUGGGAAGCGGUCAGACGCUUCCUCAGCGGUAUGUAUGCAUUUUUCACACCAAGGCACCGCUGAGUUCCAAUUGACARUGUUGUGUGGUUCUUUUUGGUUUCUAACGAAGGGAAAAUUUCUGUUUGUGUAAUUCCGUUUUGAAACAUUUUGCGCCCAUGUAUCCUKUCCUUGCCCGGAAAAGCUACCGCAUCAAUCGAAGACACAAUCACCGAGGCCAUUACAGAACUUGCAAGUACCGUCCCAACAGCAUUGGGUCCUAGUGCUCUGUCUGUAAUCAUUUUCCAAUUUUCUGUUACCUGGCCAGCAUUUUACUUCUUGCCGAUCCAGAACUUUGCGACGAAUUUAUUCCGUCUUACCUGGAUCAAUCGACUCUUGAAGGGAGGGUACGUAACAACGAGGCGACCAAUGCACUAGCUCGACAUCUUUGGUUUGAAUCAAUMGKUCUUGUUCACCCAAGUCUCUGUUCUUUUUUAUUGCUAACGGAUUUGCAGGGGACCCGGAUUGGAGGUUCCAUACCGCAUAUACGUUGACAAUGGGUACAUCUUUGCUUGUGUAACAGCCCUUGCCCCUCUCUGCCCUCUGAUUGGCCCCUUUGGAUUGCUUUAUUACAUCGUUAUUGCACCAAUGCUUCGAUGGGUGCUCGUCUUUGGAUACAGGCCAAGGUUUGAUGGAGGUGGCGACAAGUGGCCCAAGCUUUACCACAUUGUGGUGUCUUCUUUGCUUUUGGGACAAGUAAGUUCAUAUUGAUAACGCAUGGUGGAUCAACACACCUCUAUUCGUCUCAAAAUAUUUAUCUUUUGUUCCGCCUUCUGUUCGYAUUGCAUUGUUCAGUUCAUWACGGCAAUCGUCUUCUUUACGAAGCUCAACAACUUGGCGGGUUGCGUGAUUGGAUUCUGUGUUGUUCCGACGUUGCUUUACAACAACAUCGUCAAAGAAAAGUAUYUACGCCCCUUCAAGGAUGCCGCCCUGUUGCAAACCGGCCGACUGUCCAACAACGAUUCCGGGGAGCACUUUACAAACUGCCAACAGCGACAGGAGUACUGUCACUGGCUUGUGGAUUGUCACAAGGCUAGCUACGUGCCUACGUGCCUAUCUGGUGGCACCAACGAGAAGUUGACGCUCACGGCAGCGCCCGCAAAAGCGAUUCCAAAGGUAUUCUUGCGCGAAGCCGACGACCGCGACAAGGACUCUGAGAAACKGCAARCCCUGUUGGAACGGAAGCGGGCCAAGAAGGAAGAGGUACAAAAUCUGAUGCGAAAUUUGUCGGUUUGAAGAAAAUUCUGUUGACCAAGAUCCGUUCCAGCACCGAGAUUUUUUCCGUUGCGAUUCUAACGUAGAUGAACUCGUAAUAUGCCUUCUAUGUCUUGGACAAGUUCAAAAGCAUAAUCGAACUUCAAGAAUGUUCGUUCAGUUCCAAGAGAACUGAGUCAUCUUCUUCAUGCGAGACUUCGUAGAACUUCGUACAGUACCUAGUUUGUUUGGGCCUUAUAUCUCUUGAUGGUUGAUAUUAUGCCGAAUAAUUAUUUUUCCUUGAA